AAAUGGAGAUUCAACGGAAAAAGCUGCGUCAGCGCUGGGAGUUAGCUUCCAUCCUCAAUUUCCUCAACGUUUUUGAGCCCGUAAUCAAGAGCAAUUUGAAGAUUUCAGCUGAAGAAAUCGAGUCGGCGCUCAUCGAACCAAAUGAUUCACUUGCUCAGCUUCACAUUUGCCUCUUGAAGGGGAUACUCCCACCAAGCAAGGUGCAGCAUGUUUCUGAUGCUUGGGUGUCUAUACUUUCUAAGAAGCUUUCAGUGUGGUGGCCAUGGGUUGCCGAAGGAGAUUUUCCUUUGACUGCUGGCAAGGGAGAAGAGAUGAACAGAUACAAGGAACUUGAUCCUACGAUUCGCCUAUUCAUUCUCAAAGCACUUUGUGAGAUUCGAGCUGAUCAAGACGAUGUUGUGUUUUAUAUCAAUGACAACAUAAAAAGUGGAGGUGAAGUUUCCGCUUUUCAAAAGGAGAAGCUUGGGGGAGAUGGAAAUGGGACUUUGUACUGGUCUGAUGGCAAUGCAGUCAUUGGUCACAGAUUUUACAAGGAAGUUCAAGUGUUUGACUUUAAGCCAAAAGCUAAGGUCAAGGGAAACAAGCUAGGGAUAACUUCUCACUGGGAGACACUUGCAACUAAUUUUGAGGAAUUUCGUGAAGUGUUGAAUGCGUUCUCUUCUAGUAAAGUUAAGUUGGAAGUAGCAGUUGGCAAGGCUGUCAAGGCUGAUAUUAUGCCUGCUCUUGAGAAACUUCAGAAGAAGAAAGAAAGGGAACUGAAGCAGCAGCAAAGAAAGGAAAGGCUUCUGAAUGUUUCACGAACUUUGGCAAUAACUCGUUCUAGCCGUAGAUUGAGGCCUGUCAGUUAUAAAUUUGAAGAAUAUGAUAGAGCCAUUGAGGAGGCAAUAGAUGUGGCACAAAACAAGAAGACAACUGAACAGCUAAGGUGUGAAGUGAAGCAUGAUGUGCGGGGAAGAAAGGAUCAAAUUCUCUCUAUUGAUGUUUCAAAUUCUGGCCACUCAAGGGAGAGUCAGUCUACUGAGAGUGACACCGACUCUGAGAAGCAUCAAUUCACUUAUCUGGGUCUGAAUGCAAAUGAUGGUUCUGAGGAUGUUGGUGUUGAUGUCGACAAAGAGGUAAUAAAUUUGUUCGAGGGAAACAACAAUGUUGACCAGAAAAACAGUUUAAACCCUGUGUUCCGUAAUUUGGAUGGUUGGUUAGUCCAUGAAUCCAAUGCUUCACGUGGCUGUAAGAGACAUGGUGGGAAUACCAACAUGAAAAUUCCAGAAAUUGUAAGCUUAACUACAAAGAACCGAUUGAGGCAACGACCUGUAGUCAACACUGCUUUGGAGUCUGGUAUUGUCCCUGAUUCAGAAGAUGAAAAGUCGCCAAAAGAUAUGAACAAGAGAGUAAGAAUCUGCAGAAACGCAUCACAGGCUGCUGCUACUGACAUUGAUGCAUCAGGCAGCUCAAAGAAUUGGGAUUGGAAGUAGGUUAGGUAACAAGGGAUGUUACUAAUUGUGUUGUCUUUCAGAAACAAAAUUUUGACAGAUGUAAAAAUGUAGUUUGCUAUUGGAAAUACUAGAAGCUGUGGUAGAUCAGCUUAACUUUAUUAGAUCGAAUUUGAAUGUUUAAAUCCAUGGCACUAUUAU